GCCUUUAGGGUUUUCACACUCGUUGGAGCUUGAAACGUCUUCAGCUCGAAGUGCUCAGCUCAGCUCACCAUGUGCGCAAGCAGUGCCAGCAGGUCAUUCCUAGCUCGCGCAGGGCGAUGUGGGCGUCAUCGUUGCGUCUACAGGCGUAUCUAAUUGCGUUAUAGACUAUGGCAGGCGGUCACUUACAUAAAAGGGACGUCGUAAAGGUUGCUCAACUGUGCACGCGGGCCACCCUUUUCGUGGUGGCGACUAUCGUUCUUGUGACCUUAUGGCGCGUCGUGGUGCAUGACUCGUCUCAGACAGGAGAUCCGAGGCGAGAGGCCCUGGAGGUCGCAGCGGGCAAAGAAAUAAACCCUCCAGAUCAUGAACAAUCUAUCAUAGAUUCGCCCUUGUACAAUGAUCCGAUUGCAAAGACCCUGCGCUUGGGGAAGAUUAAGCCGGAGAUCAUCAGUUGGAACCCUCGUAUCAUCCUGUUCCACAACUUCCUCAGCGAAGAGGAAGCGCAGCACAUGAUCGACUUGGGGCGGCCCCGGCUGGAGAAGUCAACAGUAGUGGACGUGCAAACGGGCCAGGGCAUCCAAAGCAAGGUGCGGACUAGUAGCGGCAUGUUUCUGAGCAUGUCGGACCGACAGAACGACCUUGUGGUCCAGGCGAUCGAGGAGCGCAUCAGCCACUUCACAUACACGCCCAUACCGAACGGGGAGCUGCUGCAGAUUUUGCGCUACGAGAAGGACCAGUACUACAAGCCGCACCACGACUACUUCUCGGAUGAGUUCAAUGUGAAGCGAGGGGGCCAGCGCGUCGGAACGGUGCUCAUGUAUCUAUCGGACGUUGAAGAAGGGGGCGAAACCAUCUUCCCAAAUGCGGAGAUAGCCCCCGGUCAACCCACGUGCUCGUGUGGGGAGGAUCCGAAGCCCGGUUUGUGCGUCAAGCCGAAGAGGGGGAACGCCAUCCUCUUCUGGAGUAAAACUCUAGAGGGGGCCGUGGAUCCCUUGAGUCUACAUGGGGGCUGCCCUGUCGUGGUGGGGGAGAAGUGGAGUUCGACCAAAUGGAUCCGGGAACGAGCGUUUGUCUGAGUGGUGCAAAUAAAAUCACAAACUGACUUCAUUGAAUACUGAGACGAGACUCAGUGCAGAUUGAUCUUGCAGGGCCUAGUGGCGUGUAACAUAGUAGAUACAAAGAUCGGCCGGGUCGGACGUUUCCGAUGUUUUCAAGCAUGUACUGACCUCCAGUCUUCAACGCAACUCGAAAUCGGACUGUCUAAAGAUACAAUCAUGUGAGCGCUGCGCCAGGGUGUUGGGCGGCCGGGCCCGGGCGAGCCUGUUUCGACACAGCACUUGUGGCGGUUAUUGGCAUGCAC